AUGACCAGCUCGACACACAGUGUGGACGUACCGGGAGUGUUACAAACAGGGGUCGCGAAUGUGUCCAGCGGGAGAGACGGAGACGCCCAGCUGAUGAACGCGGUGAAGGCAUGUGUCCACUCCGCGGGCUUCCUCGCCACCAGCGUCUUCAGCUACUUCAUUGUGGUGACGGUGUGCGGCACGGCGGAGCUGCGUCAGAACCUGCGCUAUGUCCUACUCUGCCAUCACUGCAGCUGCAUCGCCGCCUUCAACGCUGCGGGCGGGCUGAUCCACACCCUCCGCACGCUCCGCCUCCCCGCGCCCCGCAUCCUCUGCUGGGUGCUGUUCGACCUGCAGGUGGCGCUGGCGCGCAGCCUGGUCAUCACGCUUACCCUGAUGGCGCUCGACACGUGCCUGUCGGUCUGCUGGCCGCUGCGCUACCCGGCGCUGGUGCACGGCGCGAAGCGCAGGGUGAUGCUGGUCACCUGGGUGCUGGCGCUGCUCAGCCCGGUCAUGUUCACGGUGCUGGCGUGCGCAGAGGCACCGAGGGGCUACCUCACGGAGCCGGACCCGGACUGCCCCACGGCGCUGGAGGGGUUAAUCCCGCGGAUCAGCGCCCUGGCCUUCCUGGCCCUCCUCACCUCCCUCAUCCUCCUCAGCUACGCGCUCAUCUACUGGGAGGGCCGCAGGGCGGGCCACUUCUCCCGCUCCAACUCCAGGGGGCGCCGCACCAUCCUGAUCCACGGCCUGCAGAUCAGCCUGCACAUCCUGCCCGGCAUGGUCAUCAUCUCCCGGCUGAGGAAGAGCACGACGGCUGCGCUGGCAAACUUCAUGCUCUUCUCCCUGGCUCAGGCUCUGAGCCCCAUCGUCUACGGCCUGCGGUCCCGCGAGAUCCGCGCCCAGCUGCCCCGCUUCCUCCCCCGCUGGACCCGUGUCUGCUGGCGGGGCAACGCCACGGAGCACGCCAGCGCCCGCGACGCCACCAUGCUGAGUGAGGAGGAGAUGGGCAUGACGAACGGGUGCAGAUGA